CUCCCAGUUACUCCCGUGGCUUUUGCCACGAACAUCAGCCAACAAUCUCCAAAUAUGCGAGAGUUGAGAUGAAAUAGGGAUCGAGAGCGUCUGAUCUGAUGUCUAAAUGAUUCCCCGAGGAUGUGAGAGUCACGGAUGCGGCGAUCGAUGAGUGUUUCUGUCGCAGGCUCACACAGACGAUGAGAGAUUCCGAGACCCACAGCUCUUGCUGACGCCGUAGUCCCGCAAUGGGGCUCCCGUGAACGGCCUCGGCGUCGAGUAUGUUGGCCGGCUGUCAGCAUGACGCCACUGGACCUGUGGCUUUCGCGCUCCAUCCCCAUGUGUCUGCUGCUCCAGAGCCUGGUGCUCAUGGUCCUGUGCUUUCCGUCCGCCAGCACCUGUCCCAAAGGCUGCACCUGCCAGCGAUCCGAAAGCCCCCCGCAUGGUCUCAACGUCACCUGUAGCCUGUCCCGCUUGAAGGAGAUCCCCCCUGACGUCCCACCGGACACCCAACUACUCCAGCUGGACAGAAACCACAUAUCAUUGGUGCCCGACCGCAUAUUUCAUGGCUUGAGGAUGCUACGGAGACUCAAUCUAUCCCAUAAUGCUGUGGAAACACUAGGCGAGGGGGCGUUCAUUGGUUUGGAGGGCUCUCUGGAGGUAUUGGACUUGUCACACAAUAGGAUCACUAGCGUGCACAAGGAUGCAUUUGCGCGAUUGAAGGCGCGUGUGGUGGUGGACAAUAAUCCUUGGCAUUGUGACUGCGCGAUGCAGCAGGCGUUGGGAGGUAUGGCGCACAAUCACGAAGCCGCCACACGUGUGCUGUGCCGGAGCUCAGAGCUGAGAGACCAGGAGGGCCAGCCGUUCAUGGCUGUGGACGCCGAUUUGUGCAACCUGGCCAAACGGACCACCGACUACGCCAUGUUGGUGACCAUGUUUGGCUGGUUCGCAAUGGUUAUCUCUUAUGUUGUGUACUAUGUACGGCAGAACCAGGAAGAUGCCAGACGACAUCUUGAGUAUCUGAAAUCGCUUCCCAGCAAACCCAAGAAACCGGACGAACCGGAGGACAUCAGUACGGUGGUGUGACUUUUGUGUGCAAAGAUCCUUGAGAUUUAAGGCCUGCUCAGAUUAAGAAGGAUAGUUAUGAUGAUCAAUUGAAUUCAAGUCUACAUUGCAGCACAGAGAAUGGACCCUUUUCACAUUUCAGGGUUUCCGGAAGUCGUCAUAGUUGGUAAAUGUAGAGCGCAGUGAAUGGGA